AUGGCGACGGCGGGACGGCGCGCGCCGGGGACCCGCCUGGUCGAGAACCAUCCGCACGACGAGACCCUGGAGCUGCUGGAGACUGAAGUUACGCGCGGCGCGGCGGAGAGGCCAUCCGGGGCCCGCCCCCGGGGAUCCCGCCGGCCGGGGCUAUCCGCAGCGGGCAGCGGCGCGGCCGAUCGCGGCAAGGACGAAGAGGGCAGCGGCGACAAGGAGGAGGCGGCUGCCGCCGCUGCCCUCAGCGACGACGACGACGACGACGACGACUCGGAAGAAGAAGAGGAUUCCUCCGAGGAUGACUCGGAAGACGACUCAGAGGAGCACGGGGCUGCGCUGGAGGGUGAUUUCAAUCUGGCAGAUUAUGACUACCUGCCGGUGUCCUCUGAACUCAGAGAAGUCUUUGAGUACAUUAAAAGGUACACUCCCAAGAUAACAGAAAUUGAACACAAACUGCAGCCUUUUAUUCCAGACUUCAUUCCUGCUGUUGGGGACAUUGAUGCAUUCCUAAAGGUUCCCCGUCCCGACAGCAAGCCGGAUAACCUCGGCCUGCUGGUGCUGGAUGAGCCAUCCACCAAGCAGUCCGAUCCCACGGUGCUCUCCCUUUGGCUGACCGAGAACUCCAAGCAGCACAACGUCACCCAUGAGAUCAAAGUGAAGAGUUUAGAGAAUGCAGAGAAGAACCCCAAAGCCAUUGAGAGCUGGAUUGAGAGUAUCAGUGAGCUGCACUGCUGCAAACCUCCUGCCACAGUCCACUACACCAGGCCAAUGCCUGACAUUGAGACCCUGAUGCAGGAGUGGUCACCAGAGUUUGAGGAGCUCCUGGGAAAGGUGGUCCUCCCGACGGCGGAGAUGAGCUGCGAGCUGGCCGAGUACAUCGACAUGGUCUGCGCCAUUCUGGACAUCCCUGUCUACAAGAGUCGGCUCCAGCCCCUGCAUGUCCUCUUCUCCCUCUAUUUGGAGUUCAAGAACUCACAGCAUUUCAAGUCCCUGGCUGAUGGGAAGAAGGGCAGGAGCUCGCCAUCCAACCCACCCUCACAAGCAGCAGACAUGGAGGUGUUAAGCUAUGCCUGAAGCUUCACGUUAAACCCUCAUGCCCUGGCUCAGCAUCUGCUGCUGCUGGACAUCAGGGUUUGACCAGAGCAGCCCAGGAAGCAGUGCUCCAUGCUCCAGAAGCCUCCAGUUUUUACAGAUGCUACUGAGCUGUUCUGACUCAUCACAUUUAUUGCAGAAGAUGCCUAAUUACUCUGGUUUUGACUCAUUCACAAGAACCUCAGCAUUAAACCAGCUCUUCCCUGGGAUGAGCUCCCUGUGCCCUAGCUGCUGCUGGGUAAAGGCUCCUCUAGUGCAGGAGACAAGUACUGGAACAAGUGGAAAUAAACCCUGUGCUCAGACACUUGGAUCUGCUUGGUGUGCUCCAAGCCCUGAUGUGGGGAUCUCCCCUGUCCUCUGCCCCAUAUUUAUGGAGUCCCUUUUCCUGUGCUUGAGUCUCUUAGCAACCUCCUGGGAGAAAUAACCAGCACGGCACAAUGCUGAUGCUCAACUUUAUUGCUGCGGGGUUGGCUGUUGCAGGCCUGCCCUGCUCACCCCUCUGCCACAGCUCUGUGCCGGGCACAGAGGAUCACAGAGGAAGCAAGGCUGGGGCUUGACCUUGCCCCAGGAGGAGUCACAGCACUGGCAGCCUGGCCGAGCCUGGUUAUAAACAGCUUUGAUAUGUUUUGGUUGCAGUUGACUAUUGGUAAAGCACACAGGCUAGGUAAAAAUGUGCCCAGAACAACAGUGAGGCUACCGAGGCCUGCAGCAGGUAGCUUAAUGUCUAGUCAGGUGGCUGGUGGACACUUGCCAUGCAGCACAGCCUCCCUGGCACCCUCAGCUGUGCUGCUUCACAGGCUUGUACAUACCUGGCUCG